ACAGUAAAAGAAGAGGCUGCCAUAUUGCAGUGAUACAGCGACUUUACCUGGCAGAAAGCUGAACACUGUUGUCUAUCCGUAACAAAGAUGCUCUCUGCGCAGACUUUUGGAGACUCUGGGAAGAUGAAAGAAUAUCAUUAUACCGGUCCGGUAGAGCACCGGUUCUCACCGUACGCUUUCAACGGAGGAACUGUACUAGCUGUUGCCGGGGAAGACUUCGCCAUCGUAGCCUCAGACACCAGGCUGAGUGAAGGCUACUCAAUCCACAGCCGGGACUCACCAAAAUGCUACAAGCUGACAGACACAACCGUCAUUGGAUGCAGCGGUUUCCAUGGCGACUGCCUGACUCUGACCAAAAUCAUUGAUGCCAGAUUAAAGAUGUACAAACAUUCAAACAACAAGACAAUGACCAGCGGAGCCAUCGCAGCCAUGUUGUCUACCAUCCUAUAUAGCAGGAGGUUCUUCCCCUACUACGUCUACAACAUCAUUGGAGGACUGGAUGAAGAGGGCAAGGGAGCAGUGUACAGUUUUGACCCAGUGGGCUCUUACCAGAGAGACACCUACAAGGCUGGAGGAUCGGCAAGUGCCAUGCUGCAGCCAUUGCUUGACAACCAGAUUGGUUUUAAGAACAUGGAGGGUGUGCAGCAUGUCCCUCUGACUCAGGACAAGGCGGUUCAGCUGGUCAAAGAUGUCUUCAUCUCAGCUGCAGAGAGAGAUGUCUACACCGGAGAUGCCCUUCGGGUUUGCGUCAUCACUAAGGAGGGCAUUAAUGAGCAGACUGUACCUUUGAGGAAAGACUGAAGAGUAAAAAUGAUGUUUCCAUUUGCUUUCUUCUUUGGUCUGUUCUUUCCACAUUCACACUGUUGGUUUGGCCCUUUUACAUCAAGUUUCUUAAAACAGGAGUUUUGAUCCAGAGGUUAUUCAGGUGGCCUCUUAUGUGAGGCUUUUGCUGGGGAGCUGAUUUUCCCAGUUGACUGUCUACAUUUAUUUCAAAUGUAUGCUCUUCUCCUGCUUUCCACAAUUACUCCCUUCAUAUUUUCAUUAUUCACACAUCCUUGUUUUUGUGGAUUGCCAACCUGAUUCUAGAUCAGCACUCCUGUUCUGAGAAGCAAGUUCUUCCCUCACCCAUGCCUAGAUUCUGCAUCUGUUUGGAUUUUUCAUUAUGUUUUGGAAGGAUACAUACCCUGCUAUUCUUUUUACAUUCUUAAUAAAUGUAAAGAACUGAAAAAUCUG